AUAAUAAAUCAUCGUUCAUUCUUAGAAUAACAACAGUUUUUCUUUGAUACAGAAAAACUGUCUUUAUUUUAAGAAUUAACAAAAUAAAAACUUUAAAAUAAAUGGCACGUCAACUAUUUGUUAUAGUCCUCAUUUUUGUAGUCAUGACCGGCAUGGUUAUGGCUCAAGUAGCUCCAUCUACAUCACCUAUAUCAUCACCGUUAUUAGAAUCAGCACCAAAAGCAGCAACAUCAUCAUCAAAAGCCCCAAAAGCAGCAAUAUCAUCAUCAACAACACCAACAUCUUCUCCGACAGCUUCUCCUUUAGCUCCAUCACUAGCACCUUCAACUUCUAAUGAAGAAGAAGAUAUUUCAGCCCCUCCCGCACAAGCCAGUGACCCCAUUGAGCUUUUCGCUCCUGGACCCGCCCCUGUUAGUGACGGCUUUACUCCCGGGGCCUCCCCAGCAGCCGAUGAGGCUACCAGUGGUGCCUCAACUAUUCAAUUUUCUGUUGCUGCCGUCAUCGUCGUUGUUGUUGGCUUUGCCUUCUAAUUGAGAUAGAUAUGCUUAUAGUUGAAGUUGCUAUUUUUGAGGAAGUAUCUUGAGAGUUGUUUGUGUAGCAACUCACUAUUAUGUAACACUACGUGUUGUGUGCAUGUAUGAUUCAAUAUUCUGAUGAUUAGGUUAAAUCAGAUAUAUAAUGAGGAAAAGGUUGCAAAUUGCAAUAGCCAUUUAAUUA